GACAUGGAACUGGAGGGGCACAGUGCGGCAACAGCAAACAGUGGGGUCAGCCCUGAUGGUGUGUGAGGGGCCGUGGGGUGUGUCAGGAGAGCAUGAAUGGACUUGAAGUCGGCCUGGGGACAGCAAGGGGCUUGGCUUGUGGGGCACAAAAGGAUUUUGGGCAGGGUGCGAGGUUUGAGUGGGGGAUGGCUGGCCAUGGGCAUAGGGGGCUGUUUGUGUCCCCCCUUCUGUGCAGUGGAGCUUCUGUGGUGGCUGGAGCUGGGGCUGUGACAUCACAGUGGUGCUGGGGUUGGGGGAGCCACAUCCUGCAUUCUGAUAUCAGUGGUACUGGGGUUAGAGGCCAUGUCCUGUGCUGGACUCCGACUUAAGUCCCCAGCAGGACAGGGGAAUAGGCCAACCUGCUUGGCACAGAGGAGGAAGAGCCACCCACAGCUCUCCUCGGGCUACCAUGGGACAAUGUGACACAGAGAGCGGCACUGCAGGCACACAGACCCCCAGACGGAGACAGCACUUGAGCAGGGUACGCUUCAGCCACCUCCCGGCCCAGGAGGCUGGGGACAAGGGCACAGUGGGGCAUCCUGGGACUGUGCAGUGCAGCUGGGACACUGGCACAAGACUCAGCAAGUCGGAGACUACCCUUUCAAGGGCCCGAAGGUCAGGUCAGAGGCAGGCAGGGCAUUCAAGAGCCACCACCACCAGCCACCAGGUUGGCUGCCAGCGCUUGCUAAACCUUGAGCAGCUCAAGAAGGCCAAGCUGCAUGUGGAGAUGGCCAUUAAGGAGAAGAAGAUCUUCACGGUACAGGGCCCCUACCCCAUCAUCCGCCGCCUGCUGCGAGCCCGGGGCUGGGUGGAGAGGAAGCUCCCCCGCAUGGGCAGACAGCUGGAGCAGCAUUGUGGAGACCAAAACAAGCAGCAGCUGCAGACAGGACCAAGUAAUGGUGGUGGUAGGCAGAGGGAGGUACUGCUGAACCCACGUGGUGGGGCACAGCCUUUUCUGGGGACCACAGACCCCCUGCUCUACCCAUGGCUACCUGCUGAGGAGGAAGAGCAGUGUGAUGAGGACCCCGACGGCAUCCAUGACCUCAUGUCCUACCUGGUGCGGGACCAGUUGCCGAACUUCAUCUGGACCAACUUCCUUGAGGCCGUUGAUUGUCAGCUGCUGCAGGAGGACAGCGUGGUGAACCACCAUGCCCGGGUGGAUGCAUUCACCACCAAGGAGGGGCUGUGCCUCAGCCUACAAAACCUUCCGUGGAUUGAGCAAGCUGACCCUAACACCUUCUUCCCCCGGUGCUACCGGCUGGGGACCAUGGAUGAUCGAGAAGCUUUCAUUGAGGAUUUCCGCCUGACAGCAGCACGCAGCCUGCUCAAACUGGCCUUGGAGGAGGCUGGGGACAGGCCAGUGAGGACUGAGCAGGUCCCAAAUUCUGCCAAGGGGGCAGCACGGCCAGGCUCCCCCCUGUACCCUGAGCUGGUGGAGGAAGCCCUGGAGGUCUGUAAGCAGCACCUGGACGUUCUGCAGCACCAGGACAUUGACAGGAGCACCCCGUCCCCCUGCAGGACAUGUAUCGACUGGGACCGCUUCCUGCAGCAAUACUACCGUGUGGCACAUGAGGGAGCAGGGCUGGUGCUGACCAGACAGCAGCGGAAGCAGUGCCAGAACCUGCUGCAGAGCCUGGCAGAGAAGCUGCCCCAGCUUGACAUGGAGGGCAAGCUCAACGUCUGGAUCCUCAAGCCUGGUGCUGAAUCCCAAGGCAGGGGCAUCAUCUGCAUGAUGCGGCUGGAGGAGAUGCUGCAGCUGGCAUGGAGCUGCACAGCACCCUCGGUGCAGGUGGGCAGAUGGGUGGUGCAGAAGUACGUGGAGCGGCUGCUGACCAUUUUUGGCACCAAAUUCGACAUCCGGCAAUGGUUUGUUGUGACUGACUGGAAGCCACUGACCGUCUGGUUCUACCGAGACUGCUACCUGCGCUUCUGCUCCCGGCCCUUCUCCCUGCAUCACCUGGAGCGUGCCAGGCACCUCUGCAACGUCUCUGUCCAGAAGUGGUACAAGACGUCACCAGAUCAGGACCCCCGUGUGCCCCCAGACAAGAUCUGGUCAAACGAGCAGUUCCAGGAAUACCUGGCACAGCUGGGGCAGGCGGAUGCUUGGCACCAGGUGCUGGUGCCCGGCAUGAAGGCGGCGAUCCUGAACACUCUGCGCAGUGCCCGGGACCGGGUGCGCUUCCGCAAGGGCAACUUCGAGCUCUACGGGGCUGACUUUCUCGUUGGGGAGGACUGCCAGCCCUGGCUGCUGGAGAUCAACUCCUGCCCCACCAUGAGCCCCUCCUCGGCAGUGACCCGACGGCUCUGUGCCAACGUCCAGCGGGACACGCUGUGCCUUGUGCUCGACCGCAAGGACAACCCCACCUGUUCCAUUGGAGCGUUUGAGCUCAUCUACAAGGAGGCAGCUGUGCCCAAGCCUCCGUCAGCACGCGUGAAGCUGAUGGUCAAAGGCUGUUCCCUGAAGAACCUCCAGUCACCACAGCAGCAAGCCCAGGACAAGCCCCCCACCACUGUGGCCAGUACUCCCCACCACCCUGUGUCCCCAGGGGCCAGAGCCACCCAUGUACCCAAGCGAGCACAGCAUCAAUUCCCCACCACUGUGCCCAGUGCCCCCAAGCUCCCUGUGUCCCCGGGGGCCAGAGCCACCCAUGUAUCCAAGCAAGCACAGCAUCAAUUCCCCAUCACUGUGCCUCGUGCCCCCAAGCUCCCCCUGUCCCCAGGGGGCAGAACCACCCAGGUGCCCCAGAGAGCACAUCGAUCUCCUACCACGGUGCCCAGUGCCUCCAAGUCUUCUGUGUCCUCAGGGGGCAGAACGACGGAGGUGACCCAGCCCAGAACAGCAACAGAGAAGCUGUCUCCUCUGGGGCAACAGAGCCACUGCUCUUCCACCAGCUCUGACCCCCCAGCACCACCAAAGCCUUGGGCUUCCUCUGCUGGGAGCAAGGGGCUGCCACAGCUUGGUCACCUGCCUAGGCAGCCCCAAGCUGCACAGCCCCAGAACAAUGGCUGUCCCCUGUACUGGGUGCCAGUGCCACCACCCCAGAGAACCCCCAGCAACCCCUGGCUAACCCAGGGUUCUGCACGCUCCUUCCGUCCUGCCACUCCUGCAACGACCCUGUGCCUGGAGCAGAAGCACACAGUAGCUCCCAAUGGGCUGCAGAAAACUUGGGACACUGAGACACCCCCAGAAGUGGACAGCACCCUGCCUGCCCUUGCUGAGCCAACACUGGCUGCCUCUCAUCCUAAAGAGCUCCCACUGCUGUGUCGUGGUACCCACCUCCUCCCUCCCUCCCCUUUAAAAUAAUUCUAUGAUAAG